AUGAAUGAAGCUGUCAUUGAAAAGCUUCUUGAAAACUCAAGAAAGUUCUUGACUGGCGCAAAGUUGAUAUGUCAGGAGUCAAACGACCACCUUACAACCACGAAGUUACGAAUAAGGGAGUGGCAGAAGUUCCAAUCGAAGCUGCACUUUGUGCUAGACUGCAUCCAACAGCAAACGAAGUUUCUUUCUGAAAUCUUGCUACGAGAGGGCAUUGGGAGGAAUUUGAUUGAGGAAGAAUGGUCUCAAACCGUCUUAGUACGACUCGUCAAUGACAUGAAGUUUUGGCAAAAUGAAAUUACAAAGAUGAUGAAUAAGCUUGAUAAUAUCACGAACGAGAUCGACCAGCAGCAUAACUCUAAGCUUGGUGACUUCAUCUCGAGGGAUUCUUCUCAUAUUCUGGAUAGUAAGCUGAAUGAAAUCCCUACCAUAAGGAAACAAGUGGAGAAUAUAACCCGUCAAUAUCAAACAAUGCUAGCAAAAGUCCAGAGCCAGUUAGUUGAAAGCCGAAUGAAGGGUCUGCGAGACGAGUUCAGCAGCAAAUUCGGGGAUCAGUGCAGGGAAAAUUUAAAACUCAAUGAAGAGUUUACCAAUGAGGCAGAUCAACUGGAACAAGAACUAGCUGACUUCUUAAAGUCCUUUACAGAUCAUUUUGAUAAAUGCAGCGCAUUGAGUUCUCGUUCAGUCUCACCUGAGGAUGCUCAGAAUUUGUUUGAAAUUGUCGAACGGGAUGACAAGGACCUUGCAGCUAUAAACUCUCUGCUUCAAGAUGCUGCUAUAGAUGUUGCUUCUUUUGUGAGGAAAGUGAACAUGUUACUGGAUGAAAGAGACGCAGAUAAGGCAAAAAUGCAGGCUACCCUUUCAAAAUUGCUGACUGAACUUCGAAAACAUGAAGAAUACAUAUCUGUGUUUGAGGGAAUAUCAGCGCUAAUCCAAAAAUUCAAAGCAUCUUGUCUUGAGGACAUAAGGCAAACUCGAAACCUCUUGGAUUUUUACGCUAAUUUUGAAAGAAGUUAUCACAAUUUGCUUAAGGAAGUGAAGAGAAGGAAAGAAACAGCAGCCAAAUUAUCGCAAAUUUUGAAGUCAUGCGAAACUCAGCUAGAACAAAUAAAUACAGCAGACUUGAGAGAACGUCAAAUGUUUUUGUUGGAAAAUGGAAACUAUUUACCGGAAACUAUAUGGCCAGAUGAGAUAGGAAGUCUUUCCCCACUGUACACUUUAAAUUAUGAGGUUCGAAAAGUGUGA